AUGACUAGUCGAAUAAAUAAAAGAAAAACGACAGUAGCUGGUGGUGGGGGUGGUGGCGGUGGAGCAGAUGAGGCUGCAACAUCUAGCUCAAUAGGUGGAUCGUCGUCGUCGACUACUACCAUCAUGUCACCUCCAUUGAUUAGUCGACAACAAAGCCACGCUGGAAAUAGUGUGGUUGAAGAUUACCAAAAUUUGGUCGAGGAUGGUAUUCCACUACGUCCCACUCAAACCCGUCAACAACAACAACAACAACAACAACAGAGUCAUCAUCGCCAUGGACACCAUCAUCAUCACGGUCACGGUCGAGCUCACCAAGGACGAGAAUUGUUUAAAAAGAUAUUUACUGUGUUGGCACCAAUACUAGUUGCAUUCAUCUUUUACAAUCUCUAUGCCAGUGUUUUUAAACCAGUUCCUGAACCACCAAUGCUGGCAACCGAACAUUUGGCACACAAGACAUCUCUAAAGUUACAGCAACUGUGGUCGAUGCUUAAAGACCACUUUCACGCACUCAUCGAAGUUGGCACGUACCAGGCUGACCAGGGUACCAGUAAAGCUGUACCUGCUGCCCAAAACGUAUACACAGUAACCAACAAGUCAGAAUCCACCUCUUACCAUCUCUAUCAACGUGAACGUAUAGAUAUCUACAACCAACCAAACAUUCAUCAUCCACAUCAAGUCGAUUUGGAGCAUCAACGUACCAUUCGAGAAUUCCUCGAUAAUCUUGGUAACCGUCCACCAGUCGUCCCAAUGCCUUUGCACGGCGGUCGUUUCCAUUCACCGCUUCCACAAAACAUUGAUUUCCAUCGUCUGGGUGAAUCGAUCUGGGAUGAAGCCAAGGACGUAGGUCAUGACCUCAUUGACAGAAUCGACGAACAACGAGACCACAUUAUUGCCAAGAUGUAUGGAGUAGAGUUUGACUACAAGGAUCGUGUCAAACUAGAGAUUGAACAACACCUCAAACUCUUUGAACAAACGCUUACAAAGAAUCUCGAGAGUUGGGACAACCUGUACAAGUCACCCGUCGACCAAAUGGAUCCAAGUAAACUACAUGAAAUGCGUGUAAAGUCUCGUGAAGCCAUUAGAGAAUCACGUGAAAGAGUAUAUCGACAAAAUAAUAACCAUAUUCUUGGUCCUCUUGCUGCUCCUUCUGCAUAA